AUGAUUGGGUGUAUGUUCAAUAUUGAUGCUGGUUACUUGGAAGGCCUGUGUAGAGGGUUCAAAUGUGGAAUUUUGAAACAAGCUGAUUACUUGAACUUAGUGCAAUGUGAAACUCUUGAAGAUCUGAAGUUACAUCUUCAGGGCACAGAUUAUGGAAGCUUCUUAGUAAAUGAACCAAGUCCACUCCAAGUGUCUGUCAUCAAUGAUAAGCUGAGGGAAAAAUUGGUUAUCGAAUUUCAGCACAUGAGACAUCAUGCAGUUGAACCAUUGUCCACUUUUCUGGACUAUAUUACGUACAGCUACAUGAUAGGUAACAUCAUUCUUCUUAUCACUGGAACCUUACACCAGCGACCAAUAUCAGAAUUGAUCCCAAAGUGUCACCCACUCGGGAGUUUCGAACAGAUGGAGGCUAUUCAUGUUGCAGCAACACCUGCAGAACUGUACAGUGCAGUCUUGGUUGACACACCACUUGCUCCGUUCUUUGUGGACUACAUCAGUGAACAAGAUCUUGAUGAAAUGAAUAUAGAAAUAAUACGAAACACCCUGUACAAGGCAUACUUAGAAGCAUUCUACUCUUUCUGCAAAGAACUUGGUGGUACAACAGCUGACACUAUGUGUGAAAUUCUUGCUUUUGAAGCAGAUAGACGAGCAAUUAUUAUUAGAAUAAAUUCAUUUGGCACUGAAUUAACAACGGAUGAUCGUGCCAAACUGUAUCCUCGUUGUGGGAAGCUACAUCCUGACGGUCGUGCUUUGGCACGUGCAGAUGACUAUGAACAAGUAAAAGCUGUAGCUGAAUACUAUGCUGAAUACAGCGCUUUAUUUGAAGGUGCAGGGAACAACCCAGGAGAAAAAACACUGGAGGACAAAUUCUUUGAACAUGAGGUACGAUUGAAUGUGAAUGCAUUUUUACAACAGUUCCACUUUGGUGUGUUCUAUUCGUACUUGAAACUGAAGGAACAGGAAUGUCGUAACAUUGUAUGGAUUGCUGAAUGUGUUGCCCAGAAACACAGGGCAAAAAUUGAUAACUACAAUCCAAUAUUCUGAGACAAUUUCCACUAAUGUAAUAUAUUUAAAAGUUAUGUGCUGAAGACCAGUGAUAUGUCUUCACUUAGUGUGUUAAAACAAAACCUGAUUCUUCGUUGCGUAUGUCACUCUUUUUAUUUGGUAACUCAUUAAAUUAUGCAAUAAUAAAGCGUGCAUAAAGUA